AUGUCAGGAAACCAAGGAAGAAAGCGACAGUGCAUCUCAUCACCUGAGCAGUCAGAAGCUUUAAAGGAAUCAUCAACUACUGGACAAAAUAAACUCACCACCGUUACAAUCACCGAAGAGACGCGUGACGCCAGUAAUGAUGAAACUGUGGUAUCAUUACUGAAUGAGCAUGAGAAAUUGAUUAAACAAACGACACGGCUGGAAAGCAGUGUGAAGGCACUUAGGUGUCUCAUGAGUAAUCUCACAGCUAUGAGUGGCGAAAGGCAAGGUGGUGUGUGUGAUGACACCGAAUGCAUACAUAGAGUAACAUUAUAUAAUGCUGCUGAUAAUGCCUUCAGUGACGAAGGACUAUAUGAAGGUGCUCUUUCCUCACUCCGUGGCCGCAUUCAUACCAAGAAAUUAACCAUCACGUUAUCAAAGGGUUGGAAAUUUAACUUAGAACGAGUCAGUAAGCUAAAACAGUUAGAAGAGUUACGCAUUGAAUAUCCGCGGGGCAAACUUGUGAAUAUGAUAUCUUUGAAGAGACUGCACAUGUUGAAAAGGCUUUGUUUCAGGAGCAACAAUAUUGACAACAAUGACGCCCGUCACUUAUUCAAUAUUGUAACAUUGGAAGAGUUGGCUAUUACUGACACCAUGCAACUGACAAAUAUCAGAGGAAUCUCUCGCUUGACUAACCUGAAGUGUCUUGAGUUAAAUUCCACAGAUAUUGAUGAUAGCUGUAUAGGGGAAAUAAGCGCAUGUGCUAAACUGUCCAAAUUGAGUGUAUCCGAAUGCAACAAUAUCACGGAUGCAACCCCAAUUUCACAACUUGCAGCACUGGAAGAGUUGAAUCUAAACAGCUGUUACCACAUAACGAAGGGAAUAGAAACACUUGGCAUGUUGUUGCGACUGCGUAUGCUUGACUUGAGUGGUGUUCCUGUGGAAGAUAAUUGUCUGAAGGAUUUGUGUGACUGUGGAUCGCUUGAAAGGCUGAACAUUUCUUAUUGUAUUCAGCUGACAGAUAUCAAUCCACUCUCCAAUGCCACUGCUAUUGAGGAAUUGAACCUUAACGGUUGUCGCCGAAUAACACGAGGGAUAGGCGUUGUGUGGGCAUUACCAAAGCUCCGUGUAUUGCACAUGAAGGAUGUGCACCUGAGCGAGCCAUCUCUCGAUUCAGUUGGAACUGGUGGAUCACUUGUAAGGCUCAGUCUUGAGAAUUGCAAAGGGUUUGGUGAUGUCAAGCCCCUCUCGAACCUUGUUACACUUGAGGAACUGAAUCUCCACUACUGUGACAAAGUAACCUCUGGAAUGGGAACACUGGGCAGGCUACCGCAGCUUCGUGUACUGGAUUUGGGACGGACACAAGUUGAUAAUAAUUCCCUUGAGAAUAUCUGCACAAGCUCAAUCCCACUUGUGUCAUUAAAUCUUUCGCAUUGCAAGAAAAUAACAUCUAUUUCUGCAAUAGCUUCCCUUACAGCAUUGGAGGAACUCAACAUUGACAACUCCUGUAAUGUAACAUCCGGCUGGAAUGUAUUUGGUACACUUCACCAACUGCGUGUAGCCACACUGUCGAAUACACGCAUUAAUGAUGAAAACAUACGGCACGUUAGCGAGUGCAAGUCUUUGAAUACACUCAACCUUGCGUUUUGCAAAGAUAUAACAGACGUCACAGCACUUUCUAAAAUUACUAUGCUUGAGGAGUUGAACCUUGAUUGCUGCCCUAACAUCAGAAAAGGUAUUGAAACUCUUGGAAAGCUUCCCAAGGCACGUAUCCUAAGCAUGAAGGAAUGUUACAUGGGAGACGGAUAUGCGCAACAAUGUUCCAUCCUUGGGAAUAGUAAGUCACUUGUGAAACUGAAUCUUGAGAGGUCAAUGGGAUUCAUAUCUGUGAAAGCUCUCUCUAACAUUGCGACGUUGGAGGAAUUGGUACUUGAUCAUGCAGAGGAAGUAUGUUGCAUACCGUCAUUUUCCUGUCUACCGCGCCUUCGAGUACUGAAUCUGAAAUAUACGGACAUUAAUGGUGAUGUAACUAAAAAUAUUUCCGAAUCGAAAUCGCUGCGAUCACUCAACUUAUCACAUUGCAAAUGGGUAACCGAUAUAUCAGUAUUAUCUUCCUUAUCGACACUGGAAGAACUGAAUGUUAACUGCUGCAACGGAAUACGAAAAGGCUGGGAGUCGCUCGGAAAGCUGCCUCUACUACGUGUAGCAAUUCUAUCUGAUACUAACAUCGCCGCUAAAGAUAUAGCUUGCCUUAGCAGUUGCAAAACGCUGGUGAAACUAAAGUUUUUCCGGUGUGAGAAGUUGUCAGAUGUUACGGUGGUGUAUAAAAUUCAAUCACUGGAGGAACUGAUAGUUAGGAGCUGUUCAGACGGCCUCAAGGGACUAAAUGACCUUGGUACACUGCCACGGUUGCGUUUUUUGCUUCUGCGAAAUGUGAGAGGUAGUGAUAUAUCUGUUGAAUCUAUUGGGACGAGCAAAUCUCUCGUGAGGCUUCAUAUUGAAAUGCGCAAGGAGUUAACAGACAUAACACCCCUCUCCAACAUCACGUCCCUUGAGGAAUUGUCAUUGCGGGAAUGCGGUGAUAACCUGGAAGGAGUCGGGACACUUGGGAAACUGCCACGGCUUAAAUCGCUGGAUCUCGGUUUAUCUGACAUUAGCAAUAGCGCACUUAAUGAUAUUUUUCUCUCUCGAUCCAUUACGUCACUCAACCUAGCCUCCAGUUGGAAACUAACAGACAUAUCUCAUAUAUCAAACCUUACGGCACUGGAGGAAUUGAAUCUGAGAAGAUGUUACCCCAUAACUUCAGGCUGGGAAGCACUAAGCGAAUUACCACGACUUCGUGUGCUCAACUUGGAAUCCGCCAGUGUCACGACCCGUUACGAUGGAUAUUAUAUCAGCAGAUGCAAAUCCCUCGUCACACUCAACCUUGAAUCGUGUGAUAUGACCGAUGCUUCAUGUCUUGCUAAUAUCAAGACACUGGAGGAGUUGCAUAUAGGGAGAUGCAAAGAGCUAAGGCGGGGGUUUAGUCCACUUUUCACUCUUCCGCGGUUGCGCAUUCUUAACUUGAUUUGUUCUCUCAUUAAAGAUGAAGAUCUCAGGGAAAUUCAACCACCCCAUACCAUUGAGGAGCUCAAUCUCUCUUAUUGUGAAAAUCUUAAUGAUAUCACACCACUUGGGAGAAUAAAAUCAAUUAAAAAAUUGCAUCUCCGUCAGAGCCAUGAUGCCAGAAGGCCUACAGAAGGAUUCAGAAGUCUUUUGGAAUUGCCAUGUCUUUCUUGGGUUGACCUAAACAACGUGUGUGGCUGGUCCGAUGUUUAUGUUGAACUGAGAAAGAGGAGGGUAUAUAUCCGUUAA